CUAUUUGUCACAAACAGUGCCUGACGAUUCCUACGUUCACCGCUGGCUAUUGUAACUGAAGUAUCAGAGGAGAUUACGCUAUUCACGGAUAUAAAUUUACUACCCAUUGCCUUGCUUGGGUAGUUACCUACCCACCUACCUGGUGAUACUGUUUAUAAAUUAUACACAUCAAGUAACGACAACGAAUCUACCAUUCAUCUUGGCCGUACCAGUAAUAUGUCUUCUUUCCAUCCAACCUCUCCUAAGAUCCCGGCUGCACAUAAGAUACUCGAAUUCGACUCUGAUGGAUCAGAUGCUGCAGCACUUGCUGUAGAGAGUGACUCGGAACCCGAGACCCCAUCACGCCACUCUGGAUUACGAGACCCAAUGCGUAGUGCAGGGACAGGUGUACCGGAGUACACAGAAGAGAUAUCAUCGCCCUCACUUGAAGAUGGCAUGCUGCUACGAGAUCGUCCGAGGAAAACUACAUUUCAUGACGCCGUAGCUGAGAGGCAGCUAACACAGACUGACGCGAAGCUUUUUUACCAAAGAAGCCAACUGGACCAACUGAAGACGGAAGGGAGCAACUGGAGCCAUACUCAAGCAGCUACCCCUAACGGAAGCCCUGUAGCCUCCGUGGGCCUAGCAGCGAUAAAGCCGACUCUCGAGACUUCUCUCACCCGUUCUCAUUCCAACUUGGGCGCCACUCCGAGCUCUACGCCUUUACCUUCAGCUAUCCAAAGUUACAACUUCCCCCAUAUUGCAGGUUCGUCUACUAGUCCCCAUAGCCUUGACAUAGCUCCACGUACGGCUACACGGCCAUCCCUGGGAGGGCAUGUUGGUCACCAGCCAACUAGCCACCCACGAAGCGAUGCUCCCCAGGACCGGCCUGGAUCUAGCUUGCAGCCUGAUAUGGGGCUUCCAGAGGGAGCAUCGUCCAACAUUCCGAGCGGCGUCGGCAGCAGUGACCCCCAUAUUGUGGCAGAACUAAGUACUAUCUUCCGAAAUAUACAAAAGAUUUUAGAUAUCCGUCAUAGAUACAUACGUUUGUCCCUGCAACGAGAUGGCGACAAUCCCAAGGACGACUCAAGCUGGGAUAUCUAUCCUCCACCGCCAGAGCCUGCCUGGGUUGGACCCAAUAUGAACCAGGAUAGCCAUGGCCCCAAUACCGGAAGUAACAGUAUGAGCAACAGCACAGUUCUGCCUACCCAAGCUAACGCGCAACGUCCUCAUGAUCUCGGAACUAUGAUUGCAGACGCUGAACCUAAGAGAACGCCUAGGAAGCGUAAGCCGGGUCAUGAUAUUGGAGAGGAUUUUGAUAUGGAAGACCUACCCCUUCCCCAAGCAAGUGAGCUCGUAUUUCGCCUUGACGAGAAUGGCGUUUACCAGGUGUAUGAAACGGACGCUGCGAACAAAGCCAACACUCCAGUGGUGGGUGUCCCCACGAUCAAGGACUUCUAUAUGGACCUUGAAGAAAUUCUGUCCACGUCGUCCGACGGGCCAAGCAAGAGUUUCGCCUUCCGACGGCUUCAAUAUCUAGAGGGGAAAUUCAACCUGUACACUCUUCUAAACGAGUACCAAGAGACUGCAGACACCAAGAGGGUUCCUCAUCGGGAUUUCUACAACGUGAGAAAGGUCGAUACGCAUGUUCAUCAUUCUGCCUGCAUGAACCAGAAGCAUCUCCUGCGGUUUAUCAAAAGCAAGAUGAAGAAAUGUCCAGAUGAAUACGUGCUCUUUCGGGAUGGCAAGAACCUCACACUUAGGGAGGUGUUUGAGAGUAUCAACCUGACCGCGUACGAUCUCAGUAUUGAUACAUUGGACAUGCAUGCGCACACCGAUUCCUUCCAUCGAUUUGAUAAGUUCAAUUUAAAGUACAAUCCUAUCGGAGAAUCACGACUACGGACCAUCUUUCUCAAGACAGAUAAUUUCAUCCAGGGUCGCUAUCUGGCAGAGAUCACAAAGGAAGUCAUCUCCGACCUUGAGUCCAGUAAGUACCAGAUGGUAGAAUGGCGAAUCUCAAUAUACGGGAGGUCUCUAGAUGAGUGGGACAAGCUCGCCGCGUGGGUAGUCGAUAACAAGUUAUUUUCACCCAAUGUUCGCUGGCUUAUACAGAUCCCACGACUCUAUGAUGUCUUUAAGGCUACCAACUUGAUGGACUCCUUCGAACAGAUUGUCAAAAACGUCUUCCAGCCGCUCUUCGAAGUUACAAAAAACCCAGAGAGUCACCCGAAACUUCAUGUCUUCCUGCAGCGAGUGAUUGGAUUUGAUAGCGUGGAUGACGAGAGCAAGGUCGAACGCCGGCUGUACAGGAAAUUUCCCGUCCCAAAGGAGUGGAAUUCCAAACAGAACCCCCCAUACAGCUACUGGAUCUACUAUGUCUUUGCUAACAUGACCUCGCUCAAUUUCUGGCGUCGCCAACGUGGUUUUAACACGUUUCUACUCCGACCGCACUGCGGGGAGGCAGGCGAUAGCGAACAUUUGGCUGUCGCUUUAUUGUGCAGCCAUAGUAUUAGCCACGGUUUACUCUUGAGAAAGGUGCCUCUCCUGCAGUAUAUAUUUUAUCUGGAGCAGAUCGGUAUCGCCAUGUCCCCGCUUAGUAACAAUGCGCUUUUCCUGGCCUACGAGAGAAACCCGUUUCACCAAUAUUUCAGACGUGGCUUGAACGUUUCACUUUCCACCGAUGAUCCUCUUCAAUUUGCGUUCACCAAAGAGCCGCUGAUGGAAGAAUAUGCUGUCGCUGCACAGAUAUACAAGCUAAGCCCGGUAGAUAUGUGCGAGCUAGCGAAAAAUUCGGUGAAGCAGAGCGGCUACGAGUAUUCUAUCAAGCAACAAUGGCUGGGAGAAAAGUUCAAUCUUCCAGGAAAGGAUGGAAAUAGCAUGGUGAAGACUAAUGUGCCAGAUCGAAGAGAGGAGUUUAGGCACCACACGUGGGUUGAAGAGCAUCGAAUGAUUUCAAGCUACACAUCUACAACUGAACUGCACGAAGUACUUGACCAUCAUCUGGCGGCUGUACCGAGUCUCAAUCCGGCCUCACCGACCUCGUCCCUCAAGACGAACGUCGCAAGCGGGAUCACCACGGGCGAUUCUAAAUCUCACACCUACAUCAACAUCAAGGAUCUAGAGGGCCAACUGCCGCGUUCGAGAUCUCAGGCGGAAAUUAGUGGCUCUCAUCUCGACUCUCAUGCUGAUGACUUACACGACACACACCUCUCUAGCCAUGAGCCUAGGUAUAUCCCUGGGAUGAUGGCAAGAGCCUCGAGGCACGGUAGUAUGCACCGUAGCUCAGUCCACGAAAGCGAAGACGUAAUUUCCCCUCGUGGUACUCCUAAGAAUAAUACUGGGAGGGAAGAAUCAAGUUAGGUUCCGAAUUUGAACGGCAACACGAGCGGACGUGAUGAAUUUUGCAAACGACGAAAGUCUAGCAUUGACCUCUUAAGUUUUCCCGGAGACAAUAUAGAUUUAGAUAUAUGGGCCCUGGUAGUUUAAUGAUAGUAUCUUCUUACAUACAUGAAUGUAUGUGGUGGUUACGUAGGUACGUAGAUAUUUAAUGGUCCGGUGAUCCUUUUCAAAACUCUUUUCGAGAUGCAUAUAACUAUGGGUAGUAUAACUGUAUAU